UAUUAGCUCAAGACACCCGAAGCUCAAUCGUUAAUGAUGUCCUUGCUUGCUUCCAACAUUUACAACCUCAAACUUAUCCUACAAACCCGCCCCAACUUGCUCGGGAAACUUCACAGAGUUGCCAAAAGAGAUUUUAGGGAUUACUCCCAAGCUUCUCAUUAUGGCACCGUCGCAGGACACCAUGUUCCGCUCAGCGGACAUGAGUAUGGUCCAACUCUACAUUGCCAACGAAAUUGGACGCGAAAUUGUAAACGCAUUGGGAGAGCUUGGACAGAUUCAAUUCCGAGAUGUAUGUUUGAAACAAUCCCAAAUCAAGAUGAGUUACUAAUGACUUUCGCAGCUCAACUCCGAUGUUACUGCCUUUCAACGGACGUUUACCCAGGAAAUAAGACGACUCGAUAAUGUCGAAAGACAGCUCCGUAUGUGCUGACCUAGACCUCACAUUGCGACGAUACUGAUUAAUACGUAGGAUAUUUCCAUAGCCAGAUGGAUAAAGCAGGAAUUCCUCUCAGAAAACUAGACCUCGACGUCGAAACUGUCGCAGCUCCUUCCGCCACCGAAAUCGAUGAACUUUCUGAUCGCAGCCAGAGCCUUGAGCAACGAAUUGCAUCCUUAAAUGACAGCUACGAAACUUUGAAGAAGAGGGAGGUAGAGCUUACGGAAUGGAGAUGGGUUCUUAGAGAGGCUGGGUCUUUCUUCGAUCGAGCUCACGGAAAUGUGGAUGAGAUUAGAGCUUCCACUGAUAACGACGAUGCUCCUCUACUCCAAGACGUCGAACAAUCACACCAUAAUGGGGACGCCGAGCGCUCAUUCUCUGGUAUGAAUAUUGGCUUCGUGUCUGGAGUUAUCCCUCGGGAUCGCAUUGCAGCGUUUGAACGUAUCUUGUGGAGAACCCUCAGAGGUAACCUUUACAUGAACCAGUCGGAGAUUGCGGAGCCUAUUAUUGAUCCUACAAAUAACGAAGCCAUCAACAAAAAUGUUUUCGUCAUAUUUGCACAUGGAAAGGAGCUUAUCGCUAAGAUCCGAAAGAUAUCCGAAUCCCUUGGUGCGGAUCUAUACACCGUAGACGAGAACAGUGAUCUUCGUAGAGACCAAAUUCAUGAAGUCAAUACCCGUUUGAGCGAUCUUGGUAGCGUCCUUCGCAACACAAAGCAAACACUUGACGCCGAGCUCACACAAAUUGCACGGAGCUUGGCUGCUUGGAUGGUUAUCAUCAAGAAAGAGAAGGCUGUCUAUCAAACACUGAACUUGUUCUCAUAUGAUCAUGCGAGGAAGACAUUGAUUGCCGAGGCUUGGUGCCCUUCCAACUCUCUGCCUUUGAUAAAAUCGACCCUUCACGAUGUUAACAACAGAGCAGGCCUUUCUGUGCCGUCGAUUAUCAACGAGAUCAGAACGAAUAAAACUCCCCCGACCUACCAGAAGACAAACAAGUUUACGGAAGGUUUCCAAACAAUCAUUAACGCAUAUGGUACAGCGAAGUAUCAAGAAGUCAAUCCUGGUCUGCCAACAAUCGUUACUUUCCCAUUCCUUUUCGCCGUCAUGUUUGGUGACUUUGGACAUGGUGUCAUCAUGGUUUGCGCAGCUGCGGCUAUGAUCUAUUGGGAAAAGUCGUUGAAGAAAGUUCGCGAUGAACUUUUCUCCAUGGCUUUCUACGGUCGAUACAUCAUGUUGAUGAUGGGUAUCUUCUCUAUGUAUACUGGUCUCAUCUACAACGAUGUAUUCUCCAAGUCCUUUUCAUUCUUCCCAAGUGCUUGGGCUUGGUCAGAGAAUUACCCCGACUCUAUUGAGGCUCAUCUCAAGGAGCCAGAUGGAUACCGAUAUCCUUUUGGCCUCGAUUGGAUGUGGCAUGACACGGAAAAUGACCUUUUGUUUACCAACAGUUACAAGAUGAAGUUGAGUAUCUUGAUGGGUUGGUGCCACAUGACUUACUCUUUGUGUCUAUCUUAUAUUAAUGCCCGUCAUUUCAAGACUCCUAUUGAUAUCUGGGGUGUGUUCGUCCCAGGCAUGAUUUUCUUCCAGGCUAUUUUUGGGUAUCUUGUGUUUGCCAUUAUCUACAAAUGGUCAAUAGAUUGGCAGGGUAUCGGUGAGUCGCCUCCGGGUCUAUUGAACAUGUUGAUCUACAUGUUCUUGUCGCCGGGAACUAUCGAGGAGCAACUCUACCCCGGCCAAGGAUUUGUUCAAAUUUGUCUUCUUCUCAUUGCCGUCAUCCAAGUACCAAUCUUGCUUCUACUCAAGCCAUUCUAUCUUCGAUGGGAACACAACAAAGCGAGAGGAAGAGGCUAUAGAGGUAUUGGUGAAACAUCCCGAGUCAGCGCACUUGAUGGCGAUGACGAUGAUGAUCAUACUUUAGAUGGUAGAAUCAGUAUGAACAGCGAUGGUGAAGGUGUCGCUAUGAUUACACAAGAUAUUGGAGAUGAAGAGCACGAGGAGUUUGAGUUCUCGGAAGUCAUGAUUCAUCAAGUUAUUCACACUAUCGGUAAGUUUUCUUCCACCCGUGUUGCAUAAAAUCCUUGCUAACAUUCCCUAGAAUUCUGUUUGAACUGCGUAUCCCACACCGCCUCAUACCUUCGUCUAUGGGCAUUGUCCCUUGCGCAUCAACAACUGUCUGUUGUUUUAUGGGACAUGACACUCUCCAUUGGUCUUCAUAUGACUGGUGUUGCAGGUGUCUUCAUGGUCGUGGUUACAUUCUUCGCAUGGUUUUUCCUCACAAUUGCCGUAUUGGUUAUUAUGGAAGGUACUAGUGCAAUGUUGCACAGUCUUCGUCUGCAUUGGGUAGAAGCUAUGAGCAAGCAUUUCAUGGGAGAUGGAAUACCGUUCGAGCCAUUCUCCUUCAAACAGAUGCUGGAGGAUGAUGCCUCAGCUGCUGAUAUCUCUUAAGAGUCAGCACUUCCUUGUGUUUAUUAGUUUCUUUGCCGUUCUCGUAGAUCCAACUGUAGAAUCAAGAUGUACUUUACUAUACCUAUUUCAAUAUAAGUUAUUGCUGGCUUUAAAUUUCAA